AAACACGAUCAUUAAUUUUAUUGACAAAGGAAACGAAAAAUACUUUGAAUUGAAUAAAAAGCAUUUGUUCUCUAACUCUGAUUUUGAUUUUAAACGGUCUAAAGAAGAGAAAUAUUUGAAUGAAUAUUUCAAUAAUUAUAAUAAUAUAAUUGAAAAAUGCUCUGAGGAUAAAUAUGAAAUGUGUGAAAAAUACCUUACUUAUAUUAUAACAAUAUAUGAAGAACAUAAGCAAGAUUGUCGGUGGAAUGAAUGUUAUUAUUUUAGUUAUAAUCCGAAAUAUGACCCUAAUGAUCUUUUAUCUAAAUUAAAAAAUAAAAUUCAAGCAAAUGGCGCAAAGGAAAAUGGUGUAGUCCUAGCAGAAAACAAUAGACAAGCUCUAGAUCCAAAUAAUUCGCAGAAAACUAUGAACAUGAUAAUUAAAUAUAUGAGUUGUAAUGAAAUUAAAAAUGAAAAGGGCGAUGUGUUUGCCUAUAACUGUGAAGACCCAGCCUACCGCCGACACAGAGAAAGGGUAUAUCGGAGAGGAAGUAUGAAAAGAAAAGCUAUACCUAGUGAUUCCGUAUACAAGGUUAUUAACAAAAUAAAAGGUUUAAUUUGUAAAGAAGAUACUAUUUCUGGUAAUAAAAUAUUAUUUUGUAAGAAUCCUAAAAUAAAUAAUUUUCCUGUUGCAACCGAUUCAAUUACAAAUACGGGUACACGUGUAGCAAGUGGCACAAAGAAUGUAUAUGCAGUGCAUUCAUAUGGAAUCCAUGGACAAAAUGCUUAUAAAAAUUUAGGUAUAAAUGAUAAUUUAGAUAGAAAUAGUAUGUAUCCAGGAGUUACAUUAUUAUCAUCAAACCGAAGUGUAUCCGAAUUUAAAUAUGAAAGUGAAAAUACUGAAACGCUAACGAAUUCUAACGAGCGUAAGUACGACUUUUUAACUACCGUGUUUCAUGAAUUUAAUAAAGAAGAACUUAAGAACUAUUUCGAAAAACCGAAGGUUAUUUGUUCAAAUUCUUCUUCAAAUAAGGAUAAAAAAAACUGUGUAAAAGCACCAGAAACUUAUAAUUCACAAGAAAUUAUAAAAGGGGAUUCCAUGAUAUAUCCUGAAGGAACUGAAAUUAUAAAUAUGGAUAUUGCAGAUUUCUUUGGAGACAAGCUAAGCCUACUUAAAUCCAGUAAUUUCCGUAUUGCCGUUUUGGGUUUUUUAAUUGCUGGAAUCAUUUUUUAUGUUUUUCCUUUAUUUUAA